UGAGGCUGGCGCUAAGCGAGCGACGGCGCAGUCUGAAUGGGGGCUAGUGCAAGGGUUAGCCCUGAGGCGGCCGAAAGUUGCGCACUAACUCUCCCGCGACCGACGAGCAUCGUCAAAGUGCGGCAGAGAGAGGCACUUCUUCGUUGUCGACAACGCUUCAUCACACCAGCACCAUAACACCGCCGAGAUGGGUCACUCUCACGGUUUGAGAAAGGGCACGCGGUAUGCCUUCUCGCGCGGCUUCAAGAACCACGGCGUCAUCCCUCUGUCCACCUACCUGAAGCAAUACCGGGUUGGUGACAUUGUGGACAUCAAGGUCAAUGGUGCCGUCCAGAAGGGUAUGCCCUACAAGGUCUACCACGGUAAGACCGGUGUCGUGUACAACGUUACCAAGUCCGCCGUUGGUGUCAUCAUCUACAAGCGUGUCGGCAACCGCUACCUCGAGAAGCGUAUCAACGUCCGCAUCGAGCACGUUUCUCACUCCCGCUCUCGUGAGGAGUUCAUCCACCGUGUCAAGGAGAACGCCAUCAAGAAGCGCCAGGCCAAGGAGCAGGGUAUUCACCUGCACCUGAAGCGCCAGCCCGUCAUGCCCCGCGACGCCCACGUUGUCAGCUCCGAGAGCAACUUCCCCGAGACUAUCACCCCCAUCCCCUACGACACCCACAUCUAAAGGAUCGGUAUUCGGAUGAUGCGGUUGUUUGGUGUU